GUCACUUUCUAGUAAAAACAAAAAAAUAUUUCCACGUAAGAAAAACUAUUUGUGUAUCACACCAGAGGGAUAUCAAGAUCAGAGAUGGCAGGUUAUGGGCAGGAUAACCAAGGCUUCUUCCAAGCUGAUUAUAACCAGCAACAGCAGUAUGACAUGUCCCAGCAACAACAACAACAACAACCAGGGGUACCUGGCUAUUCAGACAAUCAACAGCAGGAUUUCGGCCAGUUUGACUACAGUCAAGGAGGGCAACAGCCAUAUGAUGCAUACAGUGCCCCUAGUGAUUACACAGGAUCCAUUAUGACCCCAGAUACAUCCAGUGCCCCCUAUACUGGCUCUGAAAGUUUCGAAGAUGAACCACCAUUAAUGGAAGAGCUUGGAAUCAACUUUGAGCAUAUUAUCCAAAAGACACUGACAGUUUUAAAUCCAUUGAAAAAGCCAGAUUCAUCAAUAAUGAAUGAUACUGACCUAGCUGGGCCAUUAGUGUUCUGUUUGGCCUUUGGUGGAUGUCUUCUCUUGUCUGGAAAGAUCCACUUUGGCUACAUCUAUGGUAUAGGAGUCCUUGGCUGUCUUGCAAUGUAUGGGUUACUCAACAUGAUGUCCAUGACGGGCACUUCAGGGGCUUGCAUUGUUAGUGUCCUGGGGUACUGUCUUCUACCCAUGGUCCUCCUCUCAUCCAUAUCUAUUGUAUUAUCUUUAAAAGGUGCCAUAGGGACCGUAUCAACUGUAUCAGCCGUAUUGUGGUGUAGCUAUUCAGCAUCAAAACUUUUCGUAUCUGCCCUAGCCAUGGAGCAGUCUCAACUCCUAGUUGCAUACCCCUGUGCACUUAUAUAUGGAAUCUUUGCUCUCAUAACGAUAUUUUAAAAUACUGACAAAUUUGGACCUAUUUUCUAUAUAAGGAUCUCCACAAAGUUUCAGGACAUAAAAUGAUGUAGAGUUCAAAUGUAAAAUAGUUGUCAAAGAUUGCUCUAUCUUGAUUAGCCCAAACUACACAUGUCUGAUUAAAAUUGAAUGAAAUCAACACUUUGCCAACAAAUCAAAAAUGAAUGAUUUUAUAAAGGUGCAAAAUAUUAGAACUCUUGCAUAUCUGGUAAAGAGAAAUUAUAUCUUAAUGGUGUUGAGAUGGCUGAAUCUUAUUGAUGCCCAACAUACACCAAAUAGGCACAAUGGAGCUUCAAAACAUUUAACAUUACUUGGAACGUCAUGAGGCUUUAAAUCAUGGAACUCCAUUGGACUUUUAGCCCUAUUGGUGUAUAUGUAAAUUGUAAGACUUGAGUUAUUUUUCAUGAUUUCAGUUAAUGAUUAUUUUACCUGCAAAUGACUGCUUAGGACUAUGUGCGAUAUGACAUCUAUUUUUAAGUCUGUAUAUAUCUAGAUAGUUUAUUAGAGAUGACAUAGGAAGCCAAAAGCAAAACUUCAUACUGUGGCUUUCUAAAGAUGUCAGGUUUUGCUUUAUUUCAAACGAAAGAUGUCAGGUUUUGCUUUCUUUCAAACAAAAGAUGUCUGGUUUUGCUUUAUUUGAAACAAAAGAUGUCAUGAUUUGCUUCAUAUUCAUAAUAUAAUGUAUUAUAUAUUAUGCUAAUUUCAUGACUGGAGAGGCACAGAAUAAGAAAACUAAAAUUUGACAACUUUCUUUUGUCAGCUUGUGAAAAUGAAACAGGACAGAAAAACAGAAAAACUAGUAAAACUAGUAAAACCUCUAAAUAUUUCAAUUCUUAACUUAAUAUCAUUUUGUCAUUUGGAUGUUAUUGGGAACACCUUUCAAAGUGAACAACUCUGAAUGUGAAUAGUUCUCAAUGUCAACACCACUAGUUUUAGCCAGUCAUUGAAUGUGUUCACUUUGAAAGGUUUUACUGUAUAUUUAGCCUACAUUCAGAUGUCUACCUUAUCAUACCAUAUUUAGAGAUGCAAAUGAUAUAUUCGAUAAUAACAGUACAUGGUAUUUACUGUAAAUGUGAUACUGUACUGUACUGUACUGUACUG